AUGACUGGUGACAAUGCCGCCGCAGCAGCAUCCAGUCAACCAGCCAACCAACAAUCCAUAACAAAUAGUACCCUCGUCCCCUCAAUACCCUUCAGCUUUGAAGUGGAACGUGUAGUAGCCUCAAUUGAAGGCUCGCUCUUGGCUCUGGCCGGGCCCAAGGGUAUUUGUAUUAUGGAAAUGCCCAGACGUUGGGGUGCUAAUGGUCAAUUUAUGGAUGGUAAAUCACGUAUCACCUGCCGAACCUCUAAUUUGGAUGGCCACUUCUUUGCAAAUAAUCCACAUUUGGAAUUACGACAAUUACGCUGGCAUCCGGCCUCACCCACCGAUUCACAUUUGCUAGUUUUGCUGUCGGACAAUACCAUAAGAGUUUAUGAUAAUGCCUCAUUACGCCAUGUUUGGCAAGUCGGACCCCUACCCUUAAAAAAUGAUAAUAACCUAAAUCCUUCAACGGUGUAUGCGCUCGGUGAGGCUGCUGUGGAUUUUGAUAUUGCCCCAGCUGUUAAUGUGGCCGAAAUGCAAGUGAACACAACUAAUACAACCAUAAACAAGGAUCAAAGUGUGCUCAUGAAUAGUACCCGGCUAAAUCAGAAUACCAACAAGACCAUAAUUGGUGAGACCAAGGUGAGUAAGAAUUAA